AUGUCCGAUCGUGUACCCUCCAACCCUUUCGCAAACGCCGAAGAGCGGUGCCGCCGCCUCUGCCUGCCCACGAACAAAAACCAGACACACCCGCAACACAACCCGCACCCACGCACACAUCUUCUUUCUCACCCCCCUUUUACUCUUUCCUCUUCACUACCAGAAAUCACUUUUCCCACCGGUUACGCCGUCGACAAAAUGGCACCCAAGGCAAUCGUCGCACCCUCGAUUCUGGCCGCCGACUUUGGCCAUUUUGGCCAUGCAUGCCAUAAGACCAUUGAGCAAGGGGCCGACUGGCUUCACGUUGAUAUUAUGGACGGCCACUUUGUUCCCAACAUUUCAUGGGGACCCGGCGUCGUCGCCAAAAUCAGAGGCCACGUUGAGAAGCCCAUCGAGACAUGGGGCAAGGGCACUUUUGACUGCCACAUGAUGGUUUCCGAGCCCAAGAAAUGGGUCAAAGGCAUGAAAGACGCCGGCGCAGACCUGUACUGCUUUCAUUACGAGGCCGCCUUCUCCUCCGACUCCGACAACCCAGAGGUCCAAUCCGACGAAAAGACGAACCCCCGCGCGUUGAUCCGGUUUAUCCACGAACAAGGCAUGCUGGCCGGCGUUGCCCUGAAGCCUGCGACGUCUGUCGACGUGGUCUGGGAGCUCCUUGAGAGUGAGGAUUCCCUAGAGAGACCAGACGUGAGUGUUUUCCAUCCCAUCCAGCGAUUUUACGAGACGCUGUUACGGCAGGAAUUGAGGUCUCCGCGGACGCGCAUUAGGCUGACAGGGAUCUCUCCACAGAUGGUGCUUAUCAUGACGGUCGAGCCCGGUUUCGGCGGGCAGAAGUUCAUGGCCUCGGAGCUGCCCAAGGUCCAGGCCCUGCGCGAGAGGUACCCGGAGCUGAACAUCGAGGUCGAUGGCGGGCUGACGGGGUCCACCGUUCACCAGGCCGCCGACGCAGGCGCCAAUGUAAUUGUCGCUGGCAGCGCAGUUUUCGGUGCACAGGACCCCGCAGCUGUUAUUUCGAUCCUGAGAGAAGCCGUCGAGAAGAAGAACGGCAAGCUCUAA